AUGCUCAAAAGAGAAAACUCCAUUCUUAAGCAAGAGAAUAAACUCCUUAGAGGGGAAAUAAUUAAGAGAACCGAUAAGAUGGAGUAGACAGAGCUACUUUAAUUGUUAGAAUUUCAAAGAAUGCGAAUAGAUAACUUAGAAAGGGAAUAUGAUAAUUUAAUGAGGCAGUUUAGUGAAAAAUCUGGCAACGAUAGUUAAAAUACUAAUAGUAAUUAUGGCUAGAACAUUUAAAGUGUUUUCACUGGAAGCAAAGAUUUGAUAGAAUUGUAGUAGAGGUUAGAAUAAAGUGAUAGAAGAUGUAAAAUACUUGAAGAGCAAAUAGACAAUGUCACCCAAACAUAUGCCAGAUAACUUGCUUAGUUAAAAUCUAAAAUGACUGAGUAAGGUGCACAGUUACUGAUUACUGCUGAAUCUAACAUCCCUUUAAUGGUAAAAAUUAUUCAUAUAACUUAUUAGACUACUCCAGGAAUACAUAAAUCAGGAGUACUGAAGAAAAAAGCAACUACUAGUGGGCAGGGAGCCAGACUUGACCCAAUUGAAAGCUCAGCUACAUUAAGAUAAAGUUUACAAUCAGCAAGCAAGGAAACAUUUCCAGGUUAUUCAUCAAUGAACAAUUCAAUAUAAAGCAAUCCAUAUCAAAACUACCCUGGAACAUCAUAAUAGCAAAGCGUGAAUUAUAAUAAUUAGGCUUUUAGAUAAGGGCAAGAUAGUAUGCAACCACAGUAGAAACCUAAUUAACAAAUAUAGAAUAGUUUCUUAAAUUAGUUUAGGAUGUAAUGA